UCUUCGUCUUGCUCCUUGGGAAGAAACCCUAAAUCACCAUCUGCAUACAAUUCGUGGGUCGAUUUCGGCAUAACUUCUUUCUUCUGAUCCUAUUCUGAUUCGUGGUUCGCUUCAUUUUUUCCCAUCGGAGAUGGAGUCGUCGAUUUCGAAGAGUACGAAACCGGGGCCUCCGGUGAAGGACUUGACCAAGUUCCUAUCGAAAAUUCAAAAUAUUUCUUCUGGAUCUUCGGAGAAUUUGAACCCUAAUGUUGCAUAUGCGAGCCUUGCCAGAUCCUCAAGAUCUCCACUCGCGAAAUAAGCCGGAUCUCCGCUUGUGAAGUCAGCCAAGUCGCAGAAAUUGGCGCAGAAGAAUCUCAAUCUUAACCCUAACUCCAAUACGGUGGUUUUCUCGCCACGGAAUUGGCGCAGAGAGAGGAGGUUUGUGGUGGCGAAGAAGAAGUCGAAGAAGGAGAAGAAUGCGGCUGCGGAAGUUGACUGCAAGUGCGACGCAAGGUCCAAGAGGAACAUGAAGAAAUGUUUAUGCGUCGCAUAUGAAACUCUUCGGGCUUCUCAAGAGGAGUUCUACAAAAAAUGAAGCGAAACAGAGGAAGGAAAGGCAGAUUUGGAUUGCUCCGCUGCACAAGAAUGCGUUCAUUCAGGUCGUAAUGUUGCUGAUGGCUGUGGGUUCGAGGUCGAAGAAGACGCAUAUGGGCAGCCGGGCCAAAUCGGAAUGUCUACGAUGAAGAGGAGAAGAGAGAAGCUUUCGGACGUCUUCUAUUUCUUAACAGAAUGGGGAAGAACGAAGGAAGAAGAAUUUGCAAAGAAGCUCCAAGAGAUGAUGAUAGAGGAAGAAAAGAUGAGAAUUCCCAUUGCUCAAGGUCUUCCAUUGACAACUGAUGAACCUGAGAGCCUGAUUAAGCCUCCUGGGAAAGAGAUCACGAAACCAGCCGACUUAAAGCUCCACAGUGACAUACGGGCAAUGGAACGGGCAGAAUUUGAUCACCAGGUUGCUGAGAAGAUGAGCCUAAUAGAGCUAUACAAAAUGGAAAGAGAACAACAGCAGGAGCUGGCAGAAGAAGAAGAGAUUCGGAGGCUGAGAAAAGAGUUGACCCCCAAGGCACAACCAAUGCCAUACUUUGAUCGACCAUUCGUUCCUAGGAGGUCCAUGAAACAUCCGACCAUACCCCGGGAUCCAAGUUUUCACAUAACUCAGCACAAGAAGAUCAGAUGCUGCAGCAUUUCGUCGUCUUGGAGUGAAACCGGAUCCUACACUUUUGCAGGUUCUGGAUGCAUGUCCCCACGCCGCAACUGGCGUGUUUGUGCCGUAGACAAUCAAUCAGAGAAGUCCGGUUAUUUCCGGUUUAUCCCGGUACAGAUGUACCAACAAGGUAAAUAACAAUGGUUUUACCCGCCACACAGUGGUGUGUGUUCCCAAAUACAUUAAAAAAAAAAAGCAAAUUAAUGAAUUCUGCCUUUAUUUUCUGGUUCGGCUGAUUAUGUGCUUUAAAUUGACACAAUUCGAUAAACAUGCUACCUUUACAACCUAGUUACUAUAUCAUAUACUAGAGAAUGACUUGAUCAAACCCAAAGAAACUGAACUAUGAA